UUUCACCUCUAACGCUGUCCUUCUGGCUGAACGCGUACCUUUUAUUAUUAAUAACAAAUUCCACCAUGUUACAAAUAAAAAACCGAUUAAAAACUUGUACAUUGGCGGUCACAGCCAGGCGUCUGCUGUCAGGUGCAGUGAGAAAUCCGCUGGUCUUCAUGGACGUUGCUGCUGACGGCGAGUUUAUUGGCAGAAUUCUAAUAGAACUUAAUGCAGAUGUGGUUCCCAAAACAACAGAGAACUUUCGAGCACUGUGUACAGGAGAGCAUGGCUUUGGAUACAAGGGCUCUAUUUUCCACAGAAUCAUUCCUGAGUUCAUGUGUCAGGGUGGAGAUUUCACAAAUCACAAUGGCACUGGUGGAAAAUCAAUUUACGGAACGAAAUUCAAAGAUGAGAAUUUCAAGUUGAAACACACAGGUCCAGGUGUGCUGUCAAUGGCAAACUCUGGGCCGAACACCAACGGAUCUCAGUUUUUCAUCUGCACUGCCAAAACAGAAUGGCUUGAUGGCAAACAUGUUGUGUUUGGUGAAGUGAAAGAGGGCAUGGAGACUGUCAGGGUAAUGGAGUCGUACGGUUUGCAUGAUGGAGGAACACUUAAGAAGAUUGUCAUCACAGACUGUGGGGAACUUAAAUAAUACACGACUUUACACUGUACAGAGCUGACAACUGACUGCUCUUAUGUAAAUGAUUCAUCUCCUGCCAAAAGGUAAAUGAUUUGAUUUCAUAGCCAAUAGUGCAUUUGAUUGUAAUUCCUUAUGAUUAAAGGGAUGUAAUGUUUUAUAUCUACUUGGUUUUAAUAAAUCUGAAUAUGUGUGUGGGUUUGGGUGGGUGUUUAACUUCAGUGCUUUAUGCUUGCUAUGUAAGCCCUUGCUGCACUGCAUGCUAAAUCCUAACAUGUAAAAUCAAACAUACACAGGUUUUGUAUGGAAAAUGCAAAUGCAUGUAGUUUGUAUAACUCCACAGAAUAAACUGAACUGUAUAUAAAAC